AUGAACACCAAUAUCAGCGACAAGGGCUCGUCGGCUCAAGGAAAAUACGCCGAAUUUUCCUGCUUGCCCAAAGACUCCGUUAACAAGGAAGGGAAACCCAUUUUGAAUCGAUGGUCGACCUUUGUUACGAAAGGGCACGACCAUCCCGCCGCGCAGGCUAUGUUGUAUGCGGCGGGUAUACCAGAUGGCGAAUCUAUGGCGAAUAGUCCACAUGUUGGAAUCGCAUCUGUGUGGUGGGAAGGGAAUCCAUGCAAUAUGCAUUUACUGGAUUUAGGUCGAACAGCCAAAGCCGCUGUCGAGGCGGAAGGGUUUAUGGGAUGGCAGUACAACACAAUUGGGGUAUCAGAUGCCCUGACGGAAGGCACCGAAGGAAUGAGAUUUUCUCUUCAGAGUCGCGAGAUCAUCGCCGAUAGCAUUGAAACAGUCACCUUCGCGCAACACCACGAUGCUAACAUUUCCAUUGCCGGAUGUGAUAAGAACAUGCCGGGAGUCGUCAUGGCCAUGGCACGCCACAAUCGGCCAUCCAUUAUGAUUUAUGGGGGAGCCAUUGCCCCUGGUUAUUCAAAGCUUUUGCGAAAGCCGCUCAAUGUUGUGUCGUGUUUCGAGGCCCUUGGAGCAUAUCAAUAUGGGACACUUCACGCGGCCCCAGGGCUGGAAUCAGCGUCUCCGGAAGAUGUUCUAGACGACAUCAUGCGCAAUGCGUGUCCGGGACCGGGUGCCUGUGGAGGUAUGUACACUGCCAAUACCAUGGCUGCCUCUAUUGAAGUCAUGGGUCUUUCUAUUCCUGGGUCUUCCUCAAACCCUGCAACGUCUCCAGCGAAGAUGAGAGAAUGCCAGAAGGCAGGAAAGUACAUCCGAAUUUGUAUGGAGCAGAGCAUCUGUCCAAGAGACCUUUUAACACCCGCUGCAUUUGAAAAUGCCUUUGUCCUUACAAUGGUAUUGGGUGGCUCUACAAACAGUGUUCUUCAUCUGUUGGCCAUUGCUAACACGGCUGAAGUGCCCUUUGAAUUGGCGGAUAUCCAGAGAGUCAGUGACAAGAUCCCCUAUCUCGCUGAUUUGGCUCCAAGCGGGCGUCAUUUAAUGGCCGAUCUCUAUAAUGUCGGUGGUAUACCUGCUGUUUGCAAGCUUCUCAUCAGCGCCGGUCUUCUUGACGGCAGUCUUCCAACCAUCACGGGAAAGACUUUAGAGCAGAAUUUUGAGCCAUUUCCAUCUCUGUCACCGGAUCAAGAAAUUAUACGCCCGAUUGACAACCCAAUUUUAUCACGAGGCCACAUCCAGAUUUUGCGAGGAAAUCUAGCUCCGGGUGGAGCGGUGGCGAAGGUGACUGGAAAAGAAGGCAAUCACUUCACAGGGAAAGCCCGGGUAUUUCACAAGGAGAAAUCACUGAACAACGCUCUAAAGGCAGGCGAGAUUAGCCGGGAUGAGAAUUGGGUGUUGAUUAUUCGAUACGAGGGUCCUAAAGGGGGCCCAGGGAUGCCAGAAAUGCUCAAACCUUCAUCUUAUAUCAAGGGUGCCAAACUAGACAAUGUCGCCCUCGUUACAGAUGGACGGUAUUCAGGCGGUUCGCAUGGGUUCAUAGUAGGACACGUCGUUCCCGAAGCAGCAGUUGGCGGGCCAAUUGCCAUUGUGGAAGACGGCGAUGUGAUCACCAUCGAUGCAGCAAACAAUACCAUUGAUGUGCAUUUGUCUGAUGAGGAAAUAACUCGGCGUCUCAAGGGAUGGAAGCCUCCUCCGAGGACGGUGACGCGCGGCGUUUUGGCCAAGUACCAGAACCUGGUGGGAUCGGCAGACAAGGGUGCGGUUACUGACUUGUUUUGA